AUAGGCUAGAGAGGCGGGGCGAAGUCCUGGCGCGGAGGUUUGAAUCUACGCGAAGUGUUUCUUUCCCGUUGCUCAAUCAUGGCCGAGUUUGGGGAUCCUGCCCAGGCGGAGCAAUACCGGAGCUAUGUUUCCAGAGGGAAGCAGGAAGCGAGAGAGGGCAAUCUGGAAGAAUCCAUCAGAUUAUUCAAACAAGCCCUUGAAAUCCAUCGCAGCGAAAAGCUGAUAAAGAAUAUAGCGAAACUAGAGGAGGCCCUGGCUUCACUGGUCCUGGAUCAGGAGGAGGAUGAUGACUUUGUGGAUGUGUGCGGGAGCGGACUCAUGCUGUACAAGGACAUGCAUGAGAAGCUGUUUGAGCACCAGAGAGAAGGCGUUGCUUUCUUGUACCGUCUGUACAGAGAGGGAAAGAAAGGUGGGAUCUUAGCAGACGACAUGGGCUUAGGCAAAACUAUUCAAGUCAUUGCUUUCCUCUCAGGCAUGUUUGAUGCAGAACGGGUGCGAUCCGUGCUGCUCGUUGUGCCAACCACCCUCGUCAGCAACUGGGUGCGAGAGUUUGCCAGCUGGACUCCGGGACUGCGCACGAAAGUCUUCCACGGGACCUCCAAGGCUGAGCGCACCAGAAAUCUAGAACGGAUCCAGACGCGGAACGGAGUCUUGGUCACGACGUACAACAUGCUUCUGAACAACUGGCAGCACCUCGCUAGUUUCCGGGGCAAGGGGUUUGUCUGGGACUACGUCAUCCUCGAUGAAGCCCAUAAGAUCAAAAGCCCCUCCUCCAAAACCACAAAGGCGGCGCACGCCAUCCUUUCUAAAAACCGUGUUCUGCUCACAGGAACGCCGGUCCAAAACAACCUGAAAGAACUGUGGGCCCUCUUUGAUUUUGCUUGUCAAGGUUCCCUCCUAGGGACCAGCAAAACCUUCAAGAUGGAGUAUGAAAAUCCCAUCACGCAAGCGAGGGCGAAAGAUGCCACGCCAGGAGAGAAAGCGCUGGGGUAUAAGAUGUCUGAAAAUUUGAUGUACAUCAUCCAGCCCUAUUUCCUAAGACGGAGCAAAGAGGAUCUCCAGAAGAAAGCGCUAAAAAGCAGCCUUCCUGAAAAUCAGAGUAACGGCGCUGCUCCUGCCAUGCCUUCUCUUCCCAGAAAAAAUGACUUCAUUGUGUGGGUUUACUUGGCACCCGUCCAAGAGGAAAUCUAUAGGAAAUUCCUCUCCUUGGACCAUAUCAAGGAGGUGUUGAUGACCACACGUUCCCCGCUGGCUGAACUGAAUAUCCUGAAAAAGCUGUGUGAUCACCCCAGGCUUCUGUCCGCGCGGGCAUGUAGUCAACUUGGUCUAGAAGCGUCCGGUUAUAAUGAACUGGAUGGCAGUGAGAAUGAAGCUGACGCGCGUCUGAGCAUUGACAAGAACAUCGAGCAUGUUUCUGAUGAGAUUUUGAUGAAGGAAUCUGGAAAGUUAGGUUUCCUUGUGACCCUGCUGGAGAGGCUGCAACGGGAAGGACACAGAACGCUGGUUUUUUCCCAGUCGAGAAAAAUGCUGGAUAUUAUCGAGCGCAUCUUAAGGCGCCGGUGCUUUAAAUUCAUGCGCAUUGACGGGACAGUGACUCAUUUGACGGAACGAGAGAAAAGGAUCAGUGUGUUUCAGAAUAACAGGGAUGUCUCUGUCUUUUUGCUGACGACUCAAGUAGGCGGGAUCGGCUUGACCUUAACAGCUGCUACCAGGGUGGUGAUUUUUGAUCCUAGCUGGAAUCCAGCGGUGGACGCUCAAGCCGUGGACAGGGCUUACAGAAUCGGACAACAAGAAAACGUUGUGAUCUAUCGGCUCAUCACCUGCGGAACCGUAGAAGAGAAAAUCUACAGAAGGCAGAUCUUCAAGGACGCUCUAAUACGGCAAACCACUGGGGACAAAAAGAACCCAUAUAGAUAUUUCACUAUGCAAGAACUUCGAGAGCUCUUCACGCUGGAAGAUACUCGUAGUUCGUCCACACAGCUUCAGCUGCAGUCUUUGCAUGCUACUCAAAGGAAGACGGAUAGUCGUCUGGAUGAGCACAUUGCGUACCUCCACUCCCUGGAUAUAUUUGGCCUCUCCGACCAUGACCUUAUGUACGCGCAUGAAACGGUCCAUGAGGAUGAAGCUGAGAACGAAGAUGCCUACAGGUACAUAGAGCACAGAGUCCAGAAAGCGCAAGAGUUGGUACAGCUGGAAUCGCAACUGAAGGAGCAGCUGUUGGGGAACAUUCAAAACUCAACCGAAGGGGCGUGGCUGAAAGAAAUGGAAUCGGCCACUCAGCCAAAGAGGAAACUGCAGAAGGCUCCUCAGAACCAUUCGCUUGUCCCCCCGGCAUCCAUUGAACCCACCAAUGCUGAAGUUGUCAAUCUUGUAACUGAAGAGGAUGACAAUGACUAUGAUGAAGUUAUCAACAUCAGCUCCAAAAUAACAAGUCUGCUUAUUGAGGAUGUAGCUGAAGAGCAGAUGCUUCUGGGCACAUCUAAUUUGAGCAGGUCACCCUCCAGAAGUCUAGUUGUUGAGGAUGUGGCUGAAGAGCAGAUGCUUCAGGAUGCAUCUAAUUUGAGCAGGUCAUCCUCCAAAAGUCUGGUUGUUGAGGAUGUGGCUGAUGAGCACAUACUUCAGGAUGUAUCUAAUCUGAGCAGGUCACCCUUCAAGAAGAAAGGACGCCGAUCAAGCCGUUUACAUGCACCUAAGCGAGAAUGUGAUCCAAGCAACAUAUCCCCAUUUCUUGAUGCUCCCUCACCUGACAAGGAAAACUGCAGUCCAGAAUCUAACGUGAUCUCCCAUUACCCAGCUUCCCAAGAGGCGGACAAGGAUCAAAUGCUUUGGAACAAAACUAACAUGGAGAUACCACUCUGUAAGGAUGAAGGCAGAGAAUCAGUUGAUUUACAAGAAUAUGGGCAAAACCAGAAAGUGAGCACUGUAGAGUCUUCUCAUCCUAUCGAUUCCUUAUCUAUUGAGGAAAACUGCAGGUCUGGAUCUUCUGUGACCUCUGGUGAUCCACCUGCCGAGGGAAUCAGCAAACCGGAAGAUGCCCAAAUGGUGUCGUUUCAGCAGUCCUUUGAAUAUGUUUCUGGAGAUGAGAAGCCACAGGCCCAAGCUGAAAUGUCUCUCAAUGUUCCUACGACCCCAUUUGGAAAGGCACGUGAAAUGAAUUUGCUGGAUGCGGCAACGUCGUUUCAGCUGCAGACCCAUAAAAUGUCAGAGGGGAGUGCAGUGCAGAAAUCCGGAACGGAUGAAAAGGCGUUGGGACGUGAAGGCUUUGCUGCUCCUCUUUCAUUCCAGGCUGAUUUCAACCUUAUUUUGGAGUCUUCCAAAGAGGAGCUACAAGACAGAUCAACUAAAGAAAUGUCACUGGAGGAGGAUAUAGAAAACGAGGGAUUUCAGCUGAAACUGGACAUGUCUAUGUCUCACUCUUGGGGAGGAGAAAACAGAAGUGGGAGAAGCCUCCAGGUUAGCAAAAGUCUGGGUUCUGUGCUUGCGGACAACUCUAGAGCCUCUGAUGGGUUGAUGGACAACAGCGAGACCUCUUUCACCUAUAAGAAGAAACCUGCGAGAAGAAUCAUUUCAGAUGAUGAAGAGGAAGAUGAGAGUCUUCUAACAGAACGGAAUGAGAGUGAGCGUCGCAGAGAGACAUCUGCCAUGAACCCUCUGAAUGGAAACUAUAUGUCAACCCCAAAGUCCGAGAGACCUCUGGCCGAUCUUUGUUUCUCUCCGAUGGUGAACAGCGGGAAAAGGAGGUCUAUUGCUUCCCGGCGAUCCCUUGCCAAUCUUGUUUUCGAUGAGGUGGAAGACAUGGUAGAAACCGUCGAAUAUACUCAUGAUCUGAUGAACUUAGAAAGUGAAUUAACCCGAGGGGACAGUGCUCAGGAGCUGAUGGAGUUAGAAGAGGAACUGCUGGAUGACGAGUCAACCUCUGAGAACAGCUUGAGUUGUGCGGGCUCUCCAGGGGAUUGAGUUUUCUUUUUGACUCUCCUGAAGAAAAAACCACCCUGAUUUUUUCAUGUUGCCUAGGAGAAAAGGCAACCCCACGCUUUCUUGAGCUGCCCAACCGGCUCAGAUGUUCUUCAAUGGUUUGUACUGUUGUUUCAGAGGGAAGAAACGAAAAUUGUACCAUCCUUUGGAUCCUGAGCUGUACCUUGAAAUGUGGAAGGGAAGGAUCUUGUUCCCCCUUGAAGACUCACCUGCAUUGUUGGGCAUAAGCUCUUGUGGAAUGUGAUCCAGAUAUAUCUGAUGAAGUGGGUUACUAACCCUGUAAGGGCUUACGCCAAGUAAAAUCUAUUAUCAUUCGAGUGCCACAAGACUCGUUUGUUCUUGAUGCAUCAGACCACAGGGACACCUCGGAUAUCUUACAUCAAUGCACUUUUUUUUUAAUGCAUAACAUUUCACAGAUUAUGGGGAAGCUAUAACAGAUUUGCACCUGCUUGGCAGUUUUGUGCAGGAGAAGUGGGAAGAUGGAUGUUCUUGCUGAUGGGAAUGUUUUCCAGGAAUUCUUCUCCAGAGAGUAAGACUAUGUUUGGUUUAUUUUGGUGCGCAGUCUGCCUCCAAGUCAGAUCAUUGCGACUUUUAAGAAAAAAUAGUUGCUGUUGGUUAAAAAUACAGUUCCUUUUACCUUGCAAA